AUGUCCUCAUCUGAGAGUGGACUGUCAGAUACUGUCGACCCCAUGGCCAUUUUUUCGGAUGAUGAGAUUGUCCCAGACCCAGAGAUUUUUACCUCCGACAUUGAGAGUGACCCGGAGAUGAUGUCAGAUGACGACGAUGAAAUCCAGCCUUUUGCAUUACCUGACUUUGGCGACGAUGUACCGCAUGCUGAUGGUUUACCCGAAGAGGAUCCCUUUCUUGUUCCUAUUCCUGACCAGGACCAUCUCAUCCUCGGACAUCCCGAUGAUGAGCAUGCCGUGGUUCCGAUCCUCGCCCCUUUGCCUCUUGUGGCUUUUCCUCUCGAGGAUUUGCCUUUUGAUGUUAGAGAUGGAGUUCCAACUGAUGAUGUCAUUGUUGUUCCACUCAUUGAGAUUCCUAUCGUUGAGGUUUCAUCUGAUCAUUCUGGUCCGGAUUCUUUCGAGUCUGUGUCAUCCACCACUUUGCAUGCACUGGGAUUGCAGCGUUACCCCACUGAUUCUGAUUCUGACACGGCCCUGUCUGUUGCACCUGUUAUUCCACACGACUUUGAUCAUGACGAUGAGCCCGGACAUGAGAUUGACUUUGUUCCCGACGAUCAGCCUUUUGAUGUACCUGCUGAUCCUGAGCAGGCGCUUGCUCAUGAGCCGAUGCCAGCACCCGAGCCUAUACCUGCUCCUAAUCCUCUGCCUGAUCAUGAUCAUGAACCUGUACCUGUUGGCAUACCUGUUGUUGCACCACUUGUACCCGAUCCGAUUCCUGCACCCACUGACCCUGCUGCUUUUGCUGAUCAGAUAGAUCCCCGUUACGCAUACACUAGCAAUGGGUGGAUAGAGGAUGAUGAUGAUGAUAUGCCCCCUUUUGUUGAGCCUGUUACUCCCCCACACAUACCUGCACCUGUUGAUGUCGCCCCAUUUCACCCAAUUAUAUCCGAUGUUAACCGCACUGACCUGCCGAUCACAUUCUUGCAGGAUAUGCCUCCACCCCGUCCAGGGGAAGGUCCGUCUAGCCAGCAGCCUGGCCAUGUUCCACACGUGUCAGCAGCUUUUUCCUUCAUGCCACAAUUUACACCUGCAACUCAUUUUACUUCUGCACCGUCAGGCGAGCCACUCAUAUGGUUUCCGCCGAACACUAUGCCAGUUUCUGAUCCAUACCAUCCCUCCCACUUUAUUGGCUACACGAGGGGUGAGCUACUCCUGUCCUUGCAGCUUCAGCAGGAGAUUUUUUUGUCAUAG